AUGUCUUCCGAGGCGCCGAGAGGGGCCCAGCAGGGCGCUACAAAGGAAGCUGCACCCCAAAAGGAACUCUACCCCAUGAGCAACUGGAAAUACGAUGGGUUCUUGUGGAUCAUGUCUGUGCUGGCAGACUUGUUCUUCCGCGAGGUACACCCCCGCGGUGCUUGGAAGGUUCCUCGACACGGCCCAGUGCUCUUCGUUGCGGCGCCCCACGCCAACCAGUUCGUCGAUGCCCUUAUUCUCCAAAGAACGUUGAAGAUCGAAGCGAAACGCCGCGUCUCCCUACUCAUCGCACAGAAGUCGGUGCACGGUUUUAUCGGAUGGGCAUCUCGCCAAGUUGGCUCCGUUCCUGUCGGUCGGGCACAAGACUCGGCGAAACCUGGGCAGGGAACCAUUUACCUUCCUGAUCCUACCAAUGACCCCACCCUUGUUCGCGGCAUUGGCACAAACUUCGAAAAGGAGGCCGAGGUUGGCGGCAUGCUCUUCCUCCCGUCCGCGAAGGGCCAGAGCGGGGCGAGCGUUGACGUUGCGGCCAUUCUCGGCCCCGAGGAGAUACGCAUCAAGCGUGCCUUCAAGGGCAAGCUUGCCCUGACCCAGCUUACCGCGCGAGACGACAUUGAUGACAACGGCAACCUUACGAGCGUCGAUAUUGACGGUCCAAAGCCGGGCUACCAAGGAACGAAGUACAAGCUCGCCCCGCACAUCGAUCAGUCCAAGGUCUACCAGGCCGUGUUUGACCGUCUCAAGUCGGGCGGGUGCGUUGGUAUCUUCCCCGAGGGUGGCAGCCACGACCGCACCGAGCUGCUCCCACUCAAGGCGGGCGUGGCCAUUAUGGCCUUGGGGACCCUUGCUGAAUCCCCCGACUGCGGCCUCAGGAUCGUGCCCGUUGGCAUGAACUACUUCCACGCCCACAAGUUCCGUUCGAGGGCCGUCGUCGAAUUCGGUCCUCCUUUCGAAGUCCCUGCCAAGCUUGUAGACAUGUACAGGAAUAACAGGAGGCGAGACGCGAUUGGGCAGCUUUUGGACAUGGUUCACUCUGGCUUGGGUGCCGUUACCGUCUCAACGCCUGAUUACGAUACCUUGAUGGUGAUCCAAGCGGCGCGGAGGCUGUAUAACCCUACCGGCAAGAAACUACCGCUCCCCGUGGUUGUGGAGCUGAACCGCCGGCUGGCCCUGGGCUAUGAAAGGUACAAGGACGACCCGCGCGUCAUCAAGCUCAAAGAGUCGGUUGCCGAGUACAACAGGCAGCUUCGGUACCUGAACAUCCGCGACCACCAAGUCGAAUACGGGAAAAUGUCGUGGCCCAUCGUCGUUUUUACCUUCUUCUACCGGCUGAUCAAGCUCAUCAUUCUCUCGGCGGGGGUGCUUCCGGGCCUCCUCCUAUUCGCGCCCAUAUUCAUAGCGACAAAGUACAUUAGCCACCAAAAGGCUAAAACCGCACUUGCCGGUUCUUCGGUCAAGAUUCAAGGCAAGGACGUUAUCGCGACAUGGAAACUCCUGGUGUCGUUGGCUCUCGCGCCGAUCCUCUACGCUUUUUACAUCUUCACGACCAUGUACCUGGUCCACGUGGAUCGGCUUAGCGGGUAUGUCCCCGACUGGGUAUCGCUCUGGACCGUGUUCUUCGCAGGGUGGAUCAUCUUCCCUUCCAUCACUUUUGCGGCGCUGCGCUUCGGUGAGGUCGGUAUGGACAUUCUCAAGUCGCUCAGGCCGCUGGCCCUCUGCAUAAACCCGUCGUCCAACUACAGCAUCAACCAACUCCGCGAGCGCCGAGCCGAGCUCAGCGCACAGGUCACAGACAUCAUCAACCAGAUCGGCCCGGAGAUGUUCCCGGACUUUGAGCACACGCGGUUGGUCUUUGAUGCCUAUAAGCGCGGCGCCUCGGCCGACGUGAGCAACGCGUUCAUCAACAAUACGGGUUCGGCGCCGAGCUCCCCGGCCCACUCCCGCAGCCAGAGCGGCGCGUCGUCACCGGGCCCCGGCAGCCCGGCCAUUUCGCGGCGCAGCACGACGCAGUCGAGCCGGGCGAUCCCGCGCAACGAGUCGUUCAGCAACAUCGGCCAAGCGCCCAUCUUCGCCACGCGCCCACCCAGCCGCAACCGGAGCCGGAGCAGCAGCGCCGGUGGUGGGCUGGGGUCGGCCGGUUUCCCCGUCAGCGGGUUCACCACGCUGGACAGCAAGGAGGGCUUCGACCAGGCGAACCGCAAGAUUCGGCAGGCGAUGCGGAAACGUGGCGAGCUGAGGCGACGGCAGAGCGAGAAGAGGCGGAUGUCGCUCGCCGACGGGGAUGGAUUCAGCAGCGACGAAGGGGAAAGCGUAGAAAGUGUGUCGGGGUCGGUGCUGCUCGAGUACGAGGAGGCGAGGAAGGUAAAAUAG